UAGCGUUUGAGGGAGUUCGGUCAAUCCUCACGGUGCAUUCACUGGAGAGGACUGAUGUAUCUUCAUCAAGCGAUCCCAGGAAAAUCUGAUAAAUACAUACGAGUUAUCUCCUGCGCAUAAUUGAAAGCGUGCAUUGCUUAGUCCGAGAAGAAGGGAUCUGCUUUUGUUUCGCUAAUCUCUACAUCUCUUUAUUUAUGUUCAUAUUUUCUGCGGUAAUUAUUUCGAUCUGUUCAGACCGAGGUGUCCCUGUCUCUCCAGUUUGCAUUUCAAGUAAGUGGUGUUUUGUAUUGAACUAUUUUGAGGUGGUAAUGAAUUCAAUCCAUUGUUGUCAAUGCAUCAUCACCUAGAGAUAAAGAAUGGGCGUGACUAGAAAAGGAGAAGCGGAAAAAUAACAUAGAUGGGCUCUGAAGCCUUGCAAGCUGCUAAGGUGUAUCGCCACCUUCUUAAAGCUGUUAGGAAACACAUUGGCAAAGAGGAAAACAAAAGGCAUUUUAGUGAUUUUAUAACCCAGGAGUUUCGGAAGAGCUUUGAUCUUUCAGACCAAUCAGCCGUUCAACAAAAAAUAAAACUUGCCCAUGAUUACACUUUAUUGCUCAACAGCGUGCACCAUCACAAGGAUCUGCUCUUCUCAUACAAUAUUGCAGUGGAUAGAUCAGAUGAAAUGAAAAGAAUACUAGGAAAAUCUGCUGCUAGUGUUGGUCUUCGGCUUCCUGAAGUUUAUCAACCCUGAUGGUGGCUAAUUAAUGCACUUAUCAUACUGUUUUUUGUAAGGAUUUUGUACCUCCAGUCAUCCAUUGUAUUAAACUAUUAUAAAUUAAAUUGUGAUUUAAUGGAGUGGAUAUUGGUAAA